AUGGCUGUACGACAAUUCUCCCAAGAGUUAAUGCUUAUUUGCUUGAAAUUCGGUAUAACUUAUCAAUCAAUUCAAAUCGAUAAGUCCAAUCCUGAUGUUCUCAAUAAUCUUCAUAAACAGGCGACUGAAAUUGUCGCGAAAGCAAUUGGUAGUCUUGAAGUGAAUAAUCACCGUCAUCAUAUUAAAUUAUUUCUCAUUUCACCGGAUCUUCAACCGCCGAGUUUACGAUUAAUUACGCGUCCGAGCGAUUUAACGCCGACAUGUUUUAUUGAGAUUGUCAUUUGGAGAUCCGAUCAUGAAACGAAUGUUCAUCCUCGUGAUCAUGUACUUGUCGAACAUAACUAUAAAAAACCAACGUACUGCUCCUCUUGCGAUUAUUUCAUGUGGGGUUUAAUUAAACAGGGUAAGCGAUGUAAAAUAUGUCGACGGGAUUAUCAUCAUCAAUGUGCUGAACAUUUGCCGGCUGAUUGUCCCGGUAUGACUUCAGUCGUACGUCGUGCUUCGUCAAACACAACGAUAAGCUCCAUGUCACCUGGUAAAGUUUAUAAAGAUCGAGAUCUCUCCAAUGGUUCUCACACUCCACCAAAACGAACAAAAUUUGUCAAAUUAUUCACGUCGUCUAUAAGCAGAAGUGCAUCGAACUCGAAGUCGACACUUGGAACGCCGACUUCAAGUACAUCGUCUAUUCUCUCGACAGCUUCUUCGAAAAAUGUCUUGAUCAACUCGAAACAUGAUUCAUCAAACACAUCAAUGAAUUCCAAUGGAACUUCAACGCCUGCGCCAGUACCAAGCCAUUCACGAAAGAAUGCCCGGACUUCUCAAGAUGGCAAUACUCGCACUCCACCUCCACAUAUUAAUAUCAAACCAGAUCGUCGUAAAGAUAUCAAGUUAACGAAUUGCCAAGAAAAAGACGGUAUUUGGACAGCAACGGGACAAUUCGGACGGGAGAGUCGACACAGUAAACGUGCAGAAAUCUCAUACGAUAAGAAAAAAUUCAAAUUCACCCAACGCGACGAACAAGGAAACAAACAUGUAUUCGAAAUCAAUGCUUCAGAUAUCGACGCUAGUCGAUCUCAUCCAUCAUCGAAUUCUUCGACAAAUGGUUCUGCCUAUCUUGAUAACAUCUCCGGCUCACCACCAUCGCAGGCGAUUGUCUAUCAAAAACUGGCCUGUUUACUGCUCGAUGCAAUCAACGAAGCUGUUCAAUCGACGAAUGAUCGUCGGGCCCGUUCAUCUUUUAAGAUCGUUCGUGGAACAGAUGGCGAAACGAAAGAUUUCGCUGACCUCUAUGAUAUGAAUGAAAAAGAAAUUCUCGGUAUGGGACGAUUCGGUAUGGUAUUUGGCGGGACAAUGCGUCGCAAUGGCGUACGUAUUGCAAUAAAGAAGAUUCAAAUGACACAGUGUUCACAAAAAGAUCGAGAAAAUAUCGAACAAGAAGCUGCUUAUCUUUUUCAAUUGAAUCAUCCUGGCAUUCUCAAAUUCGAAGGUAUUUUUGAUUUUGAUCAACACAUUCUUCUCGUAACCGAACGUUUGGAUACUGACAUGUUGAAUUUCAUUCUUUCGAAUACAAAUCCGAAAGCGCGGCUUACUGAAGAUGUAACAAGAUUUCUGGCAUUUCAGCUCGUUGCAGCUAUUCGAUAUUUACAUUUUAAAAAUAUCGCACAUUGUGAUCUGAAACCCGACAACGUUUUAAUUAACAUUUUCCCCGACGAUGUCGUCCAUUUGAAAGUUGGCGAUUUUGGCUACGCACGUACGAUUCAUGAACAUUCAUUACGUUAUACGAAAGUGGGCACAACCGCUUAUUUACCACCUGAAGUAUCUCAUGACCAAUUACGUCAUACUCGAGGCUAUAAUAAGACAGUGGAUAUGUGGGCGAUUGGUGUAAUUAUUUUUGUCAGUUUAACUGGUUACUUUCCAUUUCAUGAAGAUCAAGACAUAUUGCCACAACUCGAAAACAUUCCGAAAUUGUUUGAGGAUCAAAUAUUCCAUCGUGUAACAGAAGAAGUCAAAGAUCUGCUACGUCUUCGUCUACUAGUUCCUGAUGCCGGUCACCGUAUGCAUUCCGCUGGUGUGAUCUAUCAUGAUUGGUUUCAAAAAUCCCCCAAUUUACUGAUAGCAUGUCGACAACUGGAAGAUUGCCUCGAAAAGAAAUGGUUAACUUUGUUUUUCGAGGAAGUCGACGCAAAUACCGGCGUGCCAUUUGCAACUGCCGAAGAAAAUGACAGUAAUUGA